AUGCAGCUCGCUGAUGGAGGAAAAAGAAAGGGAUGGGGUAGCGAUGAUCAUAGAGGUGGAAGGCGAGGAAGUGUCACGACUAACAGCCCAGCGUUAAGUGUUGGUUCCAGCGCUUGCUCUGAAUUAGAAGCACUCGUAGACGACGAUGAAGGGGUACGAACACCUCCGCCAACGCUACCAAAACAUGGACACGAGAGAGCAAACCAUCAGCGGGGAAACAGUGUCGAUUUAGGAUACAAUUCCCUCUGUGAUCAGGAAACAUCCCCUUCUAAUUUUAAAAGGAAUUCAAAUCAGAGACAAGGACAGACAAUCCAAAUGACACAAAAGACAGCAUCAGUGCCACAACGUAUCCCAAAUCGCUACAGCAGCGAGCAAACGGAGCACAUGGGCUACGCACCGUCCCCGCCGGAAAACGCAAAGCCUUCCAACGUGCUAAGCGUGAAUCAAGUAAGAAGCAUGGUCCAAAUGAGGCGGAGGGUGAGGAAAGUGCACCUGCCACCAAACGAUGGUUUAACCCUAUGUGAGAGGAUACUUCUACACAGACAUCUUAUUAAUGAAGGGAAAAUCCCUCCACAGCCAAAGGGAGUUGUCUGGAAUACGGUCAAAGAGGGUUCGAGUCAUCAAGCGGUUGUAACAACACAAACCUCUACGGAUGAUCCAGCAGAAUACCCUGAUGGGGACUCCUCUGAUUUAGAGACCGAGGAGUCUUCCGAGGAUGAAUCUGAGACGGACGACAGCGAAGAAGAGGAAUCGUCGCAAGAGGAAUCUUCCGAGUAUGACUCAUCCGUCGAGGAAUCAGAUUCUGAAUCGAGAUAUUCAAGCGCCCAGAGUCACCAAAGUAAAAAGAGUACGGUCAGUAGUGUAUCGUCCUAUGCAACUGCUAAGAGACAUUUGAGCGUAUCGUCUGCUGACUCCUAUAGUGCUGACAUAGCCCCAGUAGCAAAUGAGAUACGUCACACAACGAUACACCAAACUGUCGAGCAUCAUCAUCAUCAUCAUCACACACAUAGUCCAAAGCAGCAACGUAGACAUGAAGAGAGAGUUCAUGUUUUGAGUGAGUCUCAAACUAUAAAACAUAGCCCAACCUUGAAAAGAAACAAUAGCUCCAAGGCAGAAUCUGUUAAAUCGGGAACUAAAAGUGAAAAUUCCAAGAAAAUUGUGAAAGAGGAAAUUGAAAUGAAAAGAGUUAAAAAGAAAUCCGCAAAAAAAUCUGCAAAACAUGUCAAGGAAAUUAUAGAUCAAGAGGUGGAUUCUAAUACACAUACCAAUGUCGUAGUUAAGUCCUCUUCGAGUGCUAAAGAAAGAAAGAAAAACAAAGAACGCAGUGUCAAACGAGUAAAGUCAGAAAAUUUUAUAAACAUUGAUAGUGAGGAGCAAACUACAAACGAGAGUAUUACAAAAGACGCCUGGACAAAGAACACGGAAACAAAGGAAAGUUCCAAAGGAAAUGGAAAAAAAUCUGGUAAACGGAAAAGAACAGCUACAAAGCAAACAGAAGAUCAUGACAAGCAACAAGAACUGUUCCACAAACGAAGUGACAAAGAUGAACAGUUUGGAGACUCUAAAAUCGUCAUUCAGCAUAAUGAAUCUGCUGAAAUUGCUGAAAAUGUACAUUCCCGAAAACAAGAACAUAUCAAUCAAAAGAACAGUGAAAAUGACCCUCCAAAAAAGUACAUUAAAGCCUGGAAUGAUGAUGAUGGCAUGGAAACCCCGAAUCAGCUAAAGGAAAAAUAUAAGAAUAAGACAACUGCAAAUACUAAAAACGAAACUAAAUAUAAAUCCGUCAAAAAUGAGAAAAGCAGAGAUAGUCCUACCAUUGAUUUAAAAGCUGACAUUGACACCAAAAGAGAAAGUAAAACAAAUACUAAGAAAACCAAGCAAAAUGACAAUGUUGGUAUAAAAGCAGAUAUAGAUGUCAAUACAGAUAUCAAAACUUCUGCUAAGAAAUCGAAGAGACGUGACAGUGUUAAAGAAGACGUUGAUGUCAAGACAGAAACUGUGGAUUCUGCUAAGAAAACUAAGCAAAUUGACAAUGUUGAUAUUGACAUUGCUGUUAAAAAGAACAUUAAGAAAUCUGCUAAGAAAUCAAAACAAAAAGCCAAUGUUGACAAAAAGCUAGAUAUUGAUAUCAAAACAGACACUGAAACUUCUAAGAAAGCAAACCAAAAUGAAAGUGUUGAUAUCAAGGCAGACAUCGAUGUCAAAACAGAAGCUAAAACGUCUAAGGAAGCAAACCAAAAUGAAAGUGUUGAUAUCAAGGCAAACAUCGAUGUCAAAACAGAAGCUAGAACGUCUAAGGAAGCAAACCAAAAUGAAAGUGUUGAUAUCAAGGCAAACAUCGAUGUCAAAACAGAAGCUAGAACGUCUAAGGAAGCAAACCAAAAUGAAAGUGUUGAUAUCAAGGCAAACGUUGAUGUAAAACCAGAAGCUAAAACGUCUAAGAAAGCAAAACAAAAUGAAAGUGUUGAUAUCAAGGCAGACAUCGAUGUCAAAACAGAAGCUAAAACGUCUAAGGAAGCAAACCAAAAUGAAAGUGUUGAUAUCAAGGCAAACAUCGAUGUAAAGCCAGAAGCUAAAACGUCUAAGAAAGCAAACCAAAAUGAAAGUGUUGAUAUUAAGGCAGACAUCGAUGUCAAAUCAGAAGCUAAAACGUCUAAUAAAGCAAACCAAAAUGAAAGUGUUGAUAUCAAGGCAGACAUCGAUGUAAAAACAGAAGCUAAAACGUCUAAGAAAGCAAACCAAAGUGAAAGUGUUGAUAUCAAGGCAGACAUCGAUGUCAAAACAGAAACUAAAACGUCUAAGAAAGCAAACCAAAAUGAAAGUGUUGAUAUCAAGGCAGACAUCGAUGUAAAAACAGAAGCUAAAACGUCUAAGAAAGCAAACCAAAAUGAAAGUGUUGAUAUAAAAACAGACAUUGAUAACAAAGCAGAGAAAGAAACUUUUAAGAAAUCAAAACAAAAAGACAACGUUGAUAAAAAGGCAGGCGUUGAUGUCAAAGCAGACACUGAAACGUCUAAGAAAGCAAAACAAAAUGAGAGUAUUGAUAUAAAAGCGGGCAUUGAUGCCAAAGCUCCCGUUAAGAAAUUAGAGCAAAAUGAUAAUCUUGAUAAAAAGGCAAAUAUUGAUUUCGAAUCAGAAACGCAAUCAUCUGCUAAAAAGGUCAAACAAAAUGCAGACAAUAAAGCAGAGAAUGAGAUAGUAGCUCAGUCUACAACCCAAGCAGUGGACAUAAGUAUUGACAAAAUAGCUGCUGUCGAAAUCCAAAAUGAUAAAAAUAACUCUAAUGAUACUACUGUUGAGAUACAGGCCAGUAUUACAGUUGAAAAUGAUGGGAACGAAGACCCUGAUAAUGAGCCUAGUAAGCCUGAUUCAAACGUUGACUUAAAAAGUGGAAACAUUGAUGUUGAUAUAUCAGCAGAUGUUGAUGAGAACUCCGAUGACGAAGCAACAAAUGUGGAGGUAAAUAUGGUAAAAAAUGAUGAUACAACAUCGGACGAUCUUUCUUCGACACAUCUUGAUCCUGAUGUCGAUAGCAAUGCUGGUGACUUUACAAACAAAGAGGAUGCUACUCUGGAGUCAAAGAACAACAUCCAUAUUGAUGCAGAUAUCAAUCAGAAGCCAGACAUGGAAGAUCCUAUUCAAACUGCUGAAGGGGAAACACCAGAAAUUGAUGCAGUUGAUCUUGCUGUUUCUGCAGACCUAGCUGACUCUGAAUCUGGCAGUACAUCCUCUUCGACAGAACCAAAAAGUAAACCACCCUCAGCAAAAUCAGAAAUCAAAUCUACUUUAGCCACAGCCCCGUUAACAAAUCAAAAAAGUAAACCUCCAUCGGCAAAGGCAGAAAAUAAACCCCCUUCCACAAAAUUAGAUAGGAAACCGCCCUCCGCAAAAUCAGAAAGCAAGCCAUCCUCAACUAAACCAGAAAUUAGCCCUGAGUCAGCCAAAACGAACGACAAACAAGAUACUUCUGUUGAAACCCCAACAAAUGAAUCACCUCCGCCAUCUAAGACGGACGCACCUCCUCCAAAAAGACCUAAAAAGGAUCUGGUAAAAGAUAGCAAAUCAAAACGGGAACCAGUACAAGAGGACCCAUCCAUUGCAGCAACAAUAAGGGCGUUGGACAAGCGGGCAGAUCAAAAUCUGCAAUCAAUACUAAACCCCAAAGAAGACGUUGAUAUCGUUAACAAGCUGCUGAAAGAUGGCAAAAUGUCGGAUGAUGAUAUAGAUGCGCUAGAAAAAUCAAUAACUCCUAUACCAGAUGAACCUGAUAUUGAUGACGAAACUCUUGAUAAACUAAUUAAUGGUGAUUUCAGUAAAGAAUUAGAUGACUUUUUACACCAGGUGUAAAUAGUCACGACACCGCAGCAGUGCUAUUGGAAUGUACAGUGCUCAGUGUUGCCAGUGGCAUGACAUCCAUUGUUAUUUAUUGAUAUCCUAGUAUCUUUUGAAUUUGAACAGCAGUAAUAUUGCGC